AACACCGACUGACACAGCGGGAAAAUCGCGGCUAAAAAUUCAAAUUAUUGCUGCGGUGCUGAAAAUUGUGUUGUUUCAAAAAGUUCGCGAAAGACUCCAGAAAAUUAUGGAUAUCGAUGAUGAGCGCCUGUUGAACGAGGUAGCCGGAAUAGGAGACAACGAUAGCUCCGAUCGAAUGCAGGAUGCUGACGAGGACGAGAUCCAGAUGACAUCCAAGCAGGUUUUGGAAGCACUUCAGCGAGCCUGGUUGAAUGAAAAGUUUGCCAUCCAGAUACUGCCAUAUGAGGAAGCUAUCGUGGACAUGGUCAUGAGCCAGCUAGUAUACAUGGAAGAAAAUCUGGCAAACACUAACAAGAACGAAAUGCUCUACAUUGCCCACCGAAUGGAGGUGGAAAGAAUACGGUACAUGCUGGCCAGCUAUCACCGGUGUCGGUUACAGAAGAUCGAGGAAUAUGCAUUCUACAUCCUGGAGGAGGAAUCCAAACGGCCCGAUGACCGGAAACGGCUGUCCGUAGGGGAGAAACAGUUCGCCACGGAUUUCUACAAAAGCUUAGAGAAUCAUUUUCAUCAGCUGGCCGUCAGGCAUAUGCCACAGAAUCACCAGGAAGACGAACAGGUCCGGAAAGUGGUACCAAACGUGGACGGUCACGUAUUUAUCAAGGCCAAGGAGAAUGUGGCCGAAUUUUCGAUCAGCGCCGAUCACGAUACCAUCAACAUAGCGGCCGGAUCGGUGCACAUGUUUAAGUACAGGGAUGUGGAACCGUUAGUUUUGGAAGGAAUAGUAGAGCUUAUUUGAUACGGUAGUUUAUUUAUAUUUAUUUGCAUCUAA